AUGUUUUUCACAAUAAGGUGUCGAGCUAGAAGAGAGUUUCGUGACGAGAAAGGGAAUUACCCGCGUUGGUUUUACUCGUUGUUCAACCUUCCCGAUGAGAAACAACACUGUUUGAAGCACAGAGGACCCAAAACGCUGAGCAGUUUCUACUGCCUGGAUUGCUGUUCUAGGAUUUGCGGGAAAUGUUGCACCGAGGAUCACCGUAGUCAUGAGAAGUUCCAGCUUUGGAUAUCCACGCGCUGCUUAACCAUUCGAUCCAAGGACCUGUUGAAGAGGGGUAUCCAACUGGAUGACGUCUUCUCGUGUAUCUGCAACAGCCAGGAGGUUACAUUCAUUUUCAGUCGACAUCCGCCGCUGCAGAACAGAUCGUCGAGGCCGUGCUGCUGUGUUGUGUGCGGGCAUAGGUUCAAGUGCGACAACAUCAAAUACUGUUCGCUAAAGUGCCUGGUGCUUGGUCGAGGGCGAAAACUUCACGCACCGAACCCCAGCGACAGCAUGCAAAAUGAGGGUGGGCAACAAGAGGGGGCUCCAGCGGCGGAGGAAAAGCAAGAGAGGGAGCCUCCUUUGGGUCCGCCUGGAGGGAUCGAUGAUGUUCCAGGGAGGAGAAGGCUUCGGAGCAGGAAACAACGCUUCCCGCGCAAAGCACCCUUAUACUCCGACACGCCGGGCUGGCUGCUCCAGCCCCCACACUGA